UUCCCCACACCGCCGUCAAUGGAGCUUUCCAAGAUGCUACCCACCAGCAGACUCCCACCGUCGUCGUUCCUCCUCGCCGUCACAGCAACCACCUUCUUCCUCCUCUUCACGGCAGCCGAGGCCAGGUGGCCGAUCCUCUACAGGGUCGGCGGCGGGAGGUCCACCUGGGAACCCAACGCCAACCUCACUCUCUGGGCGUCUCAGAAGGAAAUCUACGUCGGCGACUGGCUCUAUUUCGGGUUCAACAAGACAUUGUACGACGUGCUGGAGGUGAACAGGACUGGCUACGACAAAUGCAGUGGGGAAGGGUUCAUUACGAACAUAACGAGAGGAGGGAGGGACGUGUUCAACCUGACGCAGGCGCGGCCUUACUACUUCAUCUGCAGCAGGGGAAGCUACUGUGCGAUGCAGGGGAUGAAGAUGGAGGUGAAUGUGACUACCGAGCCGCCUCCGCCGCAGCAGCAGCCCGUGGUGCCUCGCCCGGUUGAGAGCAGCAGCGGCUCUCUUCUUCCAUUUACCUCUGCUGUCCUGUUUUUGGUUCUUGGUGUUCUGUUGAGUAGUAGUGGUGCUCUGUUUGCUGGGAUGUGA